AUGGCAACGAGUGAAUCACCAGAUAUGGAAACUGAUGUAGCCAAUGCAUCAACAACGGAUACAUCAGGUGGACAACGUAAAAGAUUUGAAGUUAAAAAAUGGAAUGCAGUUACAUUGUGGGCAUGGGACAUUGUUGUUGAUAAUUGUGCUAUAUGUCGAAAUCAUAUUAUGGAUUUGUGUAUUGAAUGUCAAGCAAAUCAAGCAGCAGCAACAACUGAAGAAUGCACUGUAGCCUGGGGCGUGUGUAAUCACGCAUUUCAUUUCCACUGUAUAUCACGAUGGUUAAAAACACGACAAGUAUGUCCUUUAGAUAAUCGUGAGUGGGAAUUUCAAAAAUAUGGUCGUUAA